AGUUCCACUUCCGGAACAUGACCCCAAGCUGACGCGCAGACCGGAAGUGUUAGCAUGCUAGCUGUGUGGCUGUGUGCAGUUAGCUGGAAGACGAUGGUGUCGUCGUGUCGCAGAUAAAGAUUCGAGCGGUGAUGAAGCAACAAUGUCUUCAGUCCAGUGUUUGAGAGACUUUGUCCACGAGCGACUAACUGCUGCUGCUGAAGAGAUCUUCAGAGUCUUUGAACAAACGAUCGUCGAGUACGAGGAAGAGAUCGAUCGACAGAGAAGACUGUUGGACAUCGUUUGGAAACCUGAGAUAAAGCUACACAGGACAGAGUUCCCACGGAAACAUGUCUGGAAGAAGAGGAAGGUUCUCACUGCCCAGCAGCUAUGUGCCCGCGAGAGGAACUCCAGUCUGGACCGAGAGGAUCCUGCUGCUGCUGGAGAAAGACCUGGAGUCAGUGGAAAUAUUAUCCACUUCAAUGAAGAGAUCGAUCGACAGCGCAGACUGUUGGACAUCGUUUGGAAACCUGAGAUAGAGCUACAGAGGACAGAGCCUCCAGAGCCUCCAGAGCAACAUGUCUGUAAGGAGGAGGAGCUUCUCACUGACCAGGAGAGGAACCCCAGUCUGGACCAAGAGGAUCCAGAGCCUCCACAGAUUAAAGAGGAGCAGGAGGAGCUCUGCACCAGUCAGGAGGGAGAGCAGCUUGUACUGAAGCAGGAGAACGAUACCUUUAUGUUGACGUCUCCUUAUGAGGGAAGUGAGCACAGUGAACCAGAACCAAUCAGUGAGCAGCAGCUCCUCUCUCACAUCUCUCCUGGAGCUGAGAGCCAAGAUCAGAGAGGAAGUGAGCAUGUGGACCCAGGAUCAACUCGAGAUGAAGAGUCCCAGAGAAACAACUCUCCCCCAACACAGAGUCACUGCAACACUCACUCAGGGAAAAAGUCUUUCUCAUGUGACACUUGUGGAAAAGUGUUUGAUGCUAAGUCCAAACUGGACAAACAUCUGAGAAUCCACACAGGUGAGAAGUCGUUUUCUUGUGAAACUUGUGGGAAAUUUCUCACCUCUAAGUUGGGCUUUUUGAUCCACAUGAGAAACCACACAGGUGAGAAACCAUACACCUGCAACACAUGUGGGAAACAAUUUAGCAACAACUCUGCAUUGAGAACACACAAAAGAACCCACACGGGUGAGAGGCCGUUUUCUUGUGACACCUGCGGGAAAACAUUCGGUCGGAAGGUUCACUUGGAAGAGCACAUUAGUCGUCACACGGGCGAGAGACCGUUUUUCUGCAAACUAUGUGGGAAAAAUUUCAAACAGAGGUCUGCCCUGAGAGUACACAUGAGACUCCACACGGGUGAGAGACCGUUUUCAUGUGAAAUAUGUCAGAAAACCUUCUUGACCAAUUCAAACUUGCUGGUCCACAUGAGAGCCCACACAGGUGAGAAGCCGUAUUCUUGUGACACUUGUGGAAAAGCUUUUCUCUGUAAGUCCAGAUUGACCCUACAUCUGAGGGUCCACACGGGUGAGAGGCCGUUUUCGUGUGACUUCUGCGGAAAAACAUUUACUCGGAAGGUUCACUUGGAAGAGCACAUUCGUCGCCACACGGGCGAAAGACCGUUUUUCUGUGAAAUAUGCGGGAAAAAUUUCAAACAGAGGUCUGCCCUGAGAGGUCACAUGAGACUCCACACGGGUGAGAAGCCAUAUAUCUGCAACAUGUGUGGGAUGAGCUUUAUUCAUGCAGCAUCCUUAAGAAAGCACAUUAGGAUCCACACAGAUGAAAAGUUGUUAAUUCCUGAAGAUGUGGGAGAGAUUUCACGCGUUGUGGUGAACUGAAUGAACGUGACAAGAGUCCUCACUGGUGAGAAACCACAUCACUGCAACACCUGCUGGAAAAGAGAAUUAGAUGUGUCUGUUAGGAGGUUACCUGGGAUCACAUACAGUACAGUCACAUGUGGUGUUGUACAAUAUGUGGGAGAGGAGCAGUUCUGUGUUUCAUGGACACGACACACAAGAAGCCACAUAAUCAAAGCUCUUUCCUAAAAGAGAAUCAGUUUACUCAGAAGAAACCAUCAAGAUGAAGCUUGUGUGGAGAGGAGUCGAUCCUCAUGACCGUGCUCCUCACAUUUCUGUUUGCAGCAGUAUUUCUCUGAAACAACUGUGAGCCUCCGAAUCUUCAGAGCGAGUCCCUCGUUCAUACACAUGUGUUUGGCCUCUUAAAUAAUUGUCUUUUUAAUAUUUAUAUUCUCCACCUCAGUUAUACGAGUGUGGUCAUCCUGCCAGAUAGAUUCUUUGAUUCUCUUCCUCCAGCUUGUUCUUUCCUUUUCUAUUUUCUGUAUUGUGGGAUUGAAUCCACUUGAUAGCACUUGGCAGUGCAGUUUGUUUACCUGACAGCUAUAGCCACUGUGCUGUCAUUAAAAUGCAGAAUGAACUUAUAUAACUUAUAUGAAAACAUAAAAUAUUCCUUUGAUUGUCUUUAGACUGCAUCUGGAAUUCACAGAUAUUAAUUAUAUAAUCACGGUUAAUAAAAAAAGUAUGAUAAAAUAUGAUGUUUUUGUUUAGAUUGAUUUCAUGUUAUUUUAAAAAACAAAACCAAUCAUUUGUAGUCAGUUACAUUUACUUCAGUUUAAGUUACUGCUCUGAAAAAUCAUUACAUACAAACACUGAGUAAAAUACAAACAAAUAUUGUAGAGGUCAGAAUUUUCGACAUGAAAGUUGUAUAUUUAUUCUCCUGCCUGCUCCCAGUAUAGUUCACACCCCCUCGUGUCAGAUCCACUCACCGGCCCCAUCUGGUGGCGGCAGCAGUGUCACACUCACAAACGUCCAUUGUGCGUGAAGCACUAAAGGAUCAAGACAAGGGCGUAGAAAACAUAUCAGUGGAUUUGGAAAAUGAAUUUACCCUGCAUAUUAAAAAAUAAGAAUACAAUUGCAAAUGUACCUUUUAAGAUGAGUUAAAUCACACGAAACGAGGUCCCGACACACAAUUUCAGGUUAACAGUGGGACACUAGUAAACAUAAACCAUCUUACUAUUAAUUAACCUUACACAUUUGUAACAACAAAACAUUUAUAAUAUAAUCCCAGAGUGUGAGUUAAUGUCAAUGUUAUGAUCUGCCAAUACCAAUGUUUUAACACUAUCUAGGGGUGGUUAACCAGUAACAGCACAGUACAGGGGAAUUAAAGAAUAAGGACUUCUAAUAAUAUACUUUCAAAGACGUGAAUAAAGUAAAUGUUUUUUAACCUUAGUGCAUUCUCCAUUAAAUGCAAAAUAUAGGUCUGUUUCUUUUAAUUAAUGCUAUAACCUUGUAAGUUUUAUUAAUCCUUGUAAUUUCUAGUUACUAUGCUCAUUUAUAAAGCUGCUGUGUUGUAUACUUGUACCAGAACCGUUUCCUCACGUGAGUAGACACUACACCACAUUCUGCCAACAGGCAUCUGCUUUGUACAGUAACUCACUCCAGUUCAAGUGACCAGAUCAGAGACUCCUGUGACUUGCACACACACUUGGCUGAGGGAAGCUCCACAUUUCUGAGAGCAGCUUUCAGUUCAGUGUUGAUCUGAAGUGCUGCUCUGCUGUACAGUUGAACCACGGUUGUUUUCCUGUGUGUGCGUCCAAAGCAAAGUAAGUUUGUUUAUUUGUCGGCCACAUCGUCACUGCAUCUUUGUGUGUGUCUUUGUUGUGUAAUCCUUGUGACUGCUUUAUUUCUUGUUAGCUUGUGUUUUAGCCUGUGCAUUGUAGCUAAGCUAAAGGCUACUGGAUAGCUGUGGCUGAUGAUUAGGUUUAUUAUGAUUGCGCUUUAUUUGUAGAACCACACACACAAGCACAUCUGUAUGUUGAAACUCUGCUGGAUUAAAGAGCAGGAAACUGAA